GCAUACCUUGCUUUUGUUUGUUUUGUUUUUCCCUCGCAUGUAAUCUCGCACGUAUAAAUACACCAACUUUUACUUUCUUUUGAUAGAAAAGGGAGAGGUUGCACUAGAAGUACGACUGUGCUCUGACUGUGGCUGUCUUUUCAAGAAUUGAAAAGUAAGGUCAAAUCACUAUGGCGGCUGUAAUUGUGCAGCAGCCUUUCAUCAAGACUCAGAGUAGCGCCUGGACUUCAGGAAUAUGUGACUGUUGCCAAGACUUGAAUUCUUGCUGCUACGCGUACUGGUGCUUUCCUUGUUUUACCUGUUCCACCACUGGGGAGUUUGGAGAGAGCACCUGUCUACCUCUGCUGGACAUAUUUGGCCCAUGUCUCUUGGCUUCGUUCGGGAUUGCAACAUGUGUGCCGCCUGUGACUCUGGGAAUGAGGGUGGCAGUUCGCUACAAAUAUGAUAUUGGGGGCAGUCUCUGCGAGGACAUCAUGGUGUCUUGCUGUUGCAUCUGGUGUUCAUGGUGUCAGCUGAGUAGAGAAAUCAAAGCACGCAAACAAACCGUCACCAUAGUGCAAACCGCACCAACCAUGUUUCAACCAAUUCCCAUGACAACCACCACACAAGUUGUCAAUACACAGCAGUCGUUUGAGAUGAUUCAUACACCACCGGUAGCAGUUGCUCCUGAAAUGCAGAUGGCACCAAUUCAGACUGGUCCACCUACAGUCAUGACAAAUGUUAAAUAGGAUACAGAUGCUUGUGACACACACACACACAUGUUGGGAUUCCAUGUUUUAUGGGUAUUUUCUAUAGACAUUUCUAUAGAAUUUUUAUUAUUAUCUUAUUUGUGGGGACAUUUUGUCCCGAUAACGUAGGGUUCACCAGGACCACACACACGUUAGAUUUUGUUAUCUUUGUGGGGGAUGAUUUUUAUACUGUACAAAUCGUAUAUUCUAUCCCCCCUAAACCUACCCAUCACAAAAACAACUUUCUGCAUUUUUACAUAAUUUAGUAUAUUUAUAUUUCCCUUGUGGGGACCUCUGGCUGGUCCCUACAAUGUAGGUGAUUUCAGGUUUUAUUAUCCUUGUGUGGAUAUUUGGUCCCCACAAUGUAGAUUAAACAUUAGGGCUGGAUGAUUAAUUGAAAAGUAAUCGAAACCGAAAUUCAUAACCUCUAACCGACGUAAUUUUCCCAUGUAGGUUAUUCUGUUUUUUUAAUCGUGUUAAUACUUCCCACUUAAAAACAUACUACCGCGUGUGUUGCCACGUGACACCGCCCCAUCCAGUCAACACACAGGUAAACGCACUGCAGAGUCAACAUACAGAAAGUGCGUUUCAAACGGGAUAUAUCGCCCUCCGAAGAGCACUUCGGAGUGAAAACAAUCAUGGCCGCCAUAUUCGAGGGGUCGUUUAAAACUGAAGUGCUCAAAACUGACCACUUCAAAGGACCCUUCGGA